UGUCCCUGACGUCACACGGAGCCCGGACCCGGCGUACCUCUGUCAGCAGCGCGUUUGGCAACAAAAGACUCGUUUUUGAAGCAGUUAGCGACAUUUUGUGGACGGCAGUGUUUGUGGGGACGUCAUCACAGGUGUGUUCAACAGCGGCGCGAUAUUUACAGGCAGUAGCUGGUAGCGAUGACACCGCCGCUGCUACUGUCCUUCGGAGGAAGAGGAAGAGGAAGGAGGCGAUGAUGAUGAUGACAUGCAGUUAGCUGGCUGCCUGGCUGGCGGACGGACGGACAGACGGACCGACGGACGGACUUGAGCCCGUCGUGUGAGCGGUGUCACCCCACAAGCAGAGCAGGAUCCCGGGCGACGAGAGGCGAAGAUGCCGCGGAGGAAACAAUCCAACCCCCAGCCGGUGAAACUGGACUCGGAGGACGGGGCGGUGGUGUGCGAGCCGGGCUGCCUGGUUCUGGAGAGCGACUUCCUGCUGAGCGGAGAGCUGGAGUUUGGAGACUCUGAGAUCAUGGGGCUGGACAGAGAGUCGGGUAUGACGGUGUUCUCUCUGAGCGUGGAGGACGACCCCUCCGCACCAACGGACUCCACCUUCCCAGCUUUCCUCUCCUGUAAAGGGUGCGGUCAGCUGCUGGGAGACACGCCACUGGGGGCAGGUUUAGAUCUCGGUGUGGGCUUGGACCUGGGGGCGGAGCUUUACUGUCUCACCUGUGAGGAAGGCCUCCAGCAGGAAGCCUCGAUCGACUCCUCUCAGGCGGAGGGCUCAAUCGAGGCCGACAGAACCAUCGGCGCCGACUCGGACAGGAAGAGGAGAGGCGCAGGCAAGACAGGCGGAGCCACCGACGCCCCUCCCAAACUGUACUCCUGCUCGCUGUGCACCUUCACCUCGCGCUACUCGAACCACCUGAAGCGCCACAUGAGGACCCACGACGGCCAGAAGCCGUACCACUGCCCCGUCUGCCCCUACGCCUCGGCGCAGCUCGUCAACCUGCAGCGCCACACCCGCACCCACACCGGGGAGAAGCCGUACCGCUGCAUCCAGUGCAACUACGCCUGCAGCUCGCUCGGUAACCUGCGGAGGCACCAGCGCAUGCACACGCAGGAGAGGCCGCAGAGGAGGGAGAAGGAGAAACGACGGGGGAGACGGAAAAAAGCUGAAAGUGAAGAAGUCGUAUCAGACCUGACCCUGCGAGUGUCCCAGAACUCAGGUUACCUCCAGACGUUGGGGGCCCUCGGCUCUCCCUCCGCCCCGCUCCCCGUCCUGCUCUUCCCCCUGUGCUGCCAGAUGUGUGGCCUCACCCUGGAGGAGGCCGACCUGGAGGGGGACAAGGCCGAGGGGGAGGUGGAGGGCGAUGGCGGACAGGUGUGUCGUCGCUGCUCGUUGGACCUGCUCUCCAAAGAUGAAUCCGGUCCUCGGGGAUCCCGGCGGGGUCAGCGUGGCACCAAGCUGUACCACUGUCCUCACUGCCCCUUCCUGUCCCACUACCCCAACCACCUGGCCCGCCACGCCCACACCCACUCCGAGGAGAAACCCCACCGCUGCCCGCACUGCCCCUACACCUCCUCGCACCUCGACAACCUCAAGCGCCACCUGCGCGUGCACACGGGCGAGAAGCCCUACCAGUGCCCGUCGUGCAGCUACGCCUGCGGCAACCUGGCCAACCUGCGGCGGCACGAGCGCAUCCACUCGGGCGCCAAGCCGUUCCACUGCGGCGUCUGCGGCUACUCCUGCAACCAGAGCAUGAACCUGAAGAGGCACAUGCUGCGGCACACGGGCGAGAAGCCGUACGCCUGCGCCGAGUGCGACUACACCACGGGCCACUGGGACAACUACAAGCGCCACCAGAGGAAACACGGGCACAACACGGACAGCUGGGACAAACACGCGCCCAUUAACGGCCUCAGCUGGGGCAGAGACACUCAGGAGAGCCCGAGUCAGGGACACACUUAGAUACUGUGUGUGUGUGAGUCUGUGUGUGUGUGUGAGUCUGUGUGUGUGUGUGUGUGUGUGUGUGUGUGUUGUAUACACUGGUGAACCUCCAGCUCAGGUUGGAGCUAAACUCAGGUGCCUUUAACAGACUGAACGACUUCACCGCUGCACUGACUUUAUAAUGGGGCAUUAAUGUGUGUGUGUGUGUGUGUGUGUGUGUGUGUGUGUGUGGUGUGUACACACUCACAUCACACACACAUGUUGAAUCAGAGGAGGUGUGGUCCCUCCUUCCUUCAGUAAAUGCAGUCCACAGACGUCUGGUCUGUCAGAAUGUGACGUUUUCUAACUGUGUGUCAUGAAGCCGAUCUGAAUCUGCUGAAUCCAAACGUUUAUUUUUCUCCUCGACAGAUGAUCUAUAUUUUCUAAAUGUGGCUGGAUUGUUUUUCUUUCAUACUAGCAGGGCGGAUCAUUAUCUCACAAGCUUUAAGUUGAUUUUGUAAUUUAAUCCAGGAAAUGAUUGGGCUCAGUUUAUCAGCGGGGUUCCUGCGCUGCUUCAGCUACAUCAUUAGAAAUGUUCCCACCAGCCAACAUGGCCUCACCUGACUCGUCGGAUCCCAGGAGAGCGUUUUCCGUCUCCCGAAAACCGAAAGUCAGUUAGUUUAAUAACGAGUGUGAGUAUGUGUAGCAAACAACGUCCGAGCGACUUAGUAACUCAUAAUUCCUACCUGUUCAAAAUGAAGUUAACCAUGACCUUAGUUAAGGACGUUUCAGGCUGGACGAUGAGAGAUCGUACAAUGGAGGUGCUCAGGAGCCCCGCUGUCUAAACGAGUCAGAAUCAAACAGAUGCUGCUGUUCUGGAAGAAUUUCAUGCCUUUAUUUUGUUGGACUUGGCACCAGAUUUUUUUUUAUGUGUAGCCUGAAAUAUCCUGGAAUUUAAAGACUUUGAAUCCUGACAAUGCGUCUGAUCUUUUCUCUCAGUAACUCAGACGAUGGUGUCGCUUGUUUCAGCCCAGAUUUAGUGAAAAUCAGCCUCUCUGAAUUUAAAAAAAGGUCUUAAUUACUAGUUUACACUCAUCGGACACUUUAUUAGUUACACCUGUGGUGGAAUGGGAGAUUCUCAUCAUGGAUCAACUGUGUGAUGUCAUCAUGUCAAUAUGGACCAAAAUCUUGUUGAAUCUAUGACACCAAGAAUUAAAAAGGGCGUCCCACCUGGUACCAGCAUGGUGUCCCUAAUAAAGUGGCUGGUAAUUAUCAUUUGCGUGUUGAAUAAGCUAUAAAAUAAAGUAGCUGUCUCUCAUUUUGAAAUCUAAAUGUGAAAACUAAAUUUAUCAAGCUUUCAUUAUCACAACUUAAUUACUGUUUUCUGGAGAUAACAGGAGGUCGUUCCACUUUAUAUUCGCAGGCAUAGAUUGCGAUUAAUUAACCAGUUAUCACGAGAAAAGCAGCCUGUAUGGAAGCAAAUAAAAGACGUGAAUAUUUGAAUUUGAACAGCCACUGAAUAUUGAAGUAUAGCGUUGAAGUAUUUUACCUCAAAACCAUGCGUCUCAAUUUAUUUGUGGUGAUUUCAUCUUUUAAAACUAAAAUAUGACAUUUCUCGAUUUGCCAUUUCAAAAGCUGAAUUUUAUUUCUUUUCAAUGUUUACAAAUUCAUAUCCAGAAAUGAAUGUCUCUUAAUUUAAAACAAAGUAAAAUGGAAAAUAAAUAUAGAUUCAGGUCUAAAAAUUCAAGUUGAAAAUAUUCCAAGACAGGUUUGGCAAUCAAGCCUUAAUGUUUCAAACAAUCAAAAUUGGCUGAUGUUCUAUUUGAAUUUUCAACUUGAAUAUUCAGAUUUUAAAAUUCUGUUUUUUGUUGGGGUUUUUUGUUUGUUUUGUUUUGUUUUCAUUAAUUUUGGGGGUCUAAAUUUGACCAAUUGAAUUUGAGCAACCUCAAUCUACUUUAUUUAUUUUUAUUUUCAUUUUUUGAAUUCUGAAAUUUUUGGAUGUGAAUUUGACCAUUUUUUUGAGCAAUCUGAAUCUUUUUUCUUUUUUGUCUUUUUCUAUUUAAAAAAAACACUAAUCGAAAACUGAGCAGUCGGAAUCAACUUUUUUUAAAAACAAAUUCUGAAACCUACAUUUUAAGAUUUGAAUUUGUCUGAUGAAAUUUGAAUAACCUCUUCUUUUUUUUGAGCAACCUAAAUCUACUUUUAUUUUUUCAAUUUUUUGAAUUCCGAAAUGAAACUUUUUUUUGAAGCUCAUUCGAAUUUGAGCAAUCUGAAUCUUUUUUCUAUAUAUAUAUAUAUUUUUUUAAAUUAUCAAAACUGAGCAGUCGGAAUCAACUUUUUAAAAAAAUUCUGAAACCUAAAUUUUAAGAUUUGAAUUUGUCCGAUGAAAUUUUGAGCAACCUAAAUCUACUUUUCUGUUCUAAUUUUUUAAAUUCUGAAAUGAAAAUUUUUUUAAGCUCAAUCGAGCUUAAUGUCUGAAUGUACUUUUUUUUUCAUUUCUGAAACUUAAAUUCUUUGGUUUAAAUUUAACCAACUGAAUUUUAGAAACCUGAAUCUAUUAUUUUUUAAAUUACGAAACUUAAAUUUUUGGAUCUGAAUUUGCAGACAUUGAAACAUAAAUUGAAUUUAGUUUUUGAAAUUGCAAAUCAAGAAAUUUAAUUUGAUAAUUUCAAAGGUGAAUUCAAAACAAAGAGAGAUACAUGAUUUUUAAGGUAAUUUCUUUUAAUGUGACGAAUGUAGUGGUUUUAAAUGUCAAAAGUUAGUUUUCAGUGGCCGUCCAGAUUCAAGUAUUGAUGUUUUUUAUUUGCUUCUAUGGCAUUAAAAAUGAUUGCAACCACAGCCAUUCUCGGCCUCUGUACAUUUAGGAUUAGCCUAUCUUAGCAUAAAGGCUGGGAGCGGGGGGAAACAGCUAGCCUGGCUCUGUACAAAGUUUAAGGACUCUGAAGCUCACUCUUUGUAUUUUGGUGGAGCCUGCACAGACAGAAACACAAACGUGUCUCCACAGUGAGGCUGGCGGGUGUGUUGCUCACAGUGCCUUCACGUCUCUAAUAAAACACGUCUGAUUAA